AUGCACUACUGGCACCCAACGCACUGCACCCUGCAGCUGAACUUUGUGCAGCCCGACGCCCAGCGUGACGGCGGCAGCGCUCCUCUGGCGGCGGGCGACGCCUACAGCGGGAGAUCUUCCAUUCGGUACUUGCGGCGUUCUUUUUCCCGUGCGACAACACAGGAGACGUUUCCUGCAGCUGACGUGAAGACCAACGAUGGACUCCACUUCCAUGCCAUCACGGCCCCCACCCCCGAGCUUCCGAGGGCCCGGCCUCUUGUUAUCCACUCCUUCAAGGUGCAGCCACAGCUGGCGUCGAGCGGGGCAGGGGCGUUGAAGGUGCUGAAAGUUGUGGAGAGUGGCCUCUGCGGUGGCGACAGCGGCGGUGCUGAGCGAGGCAAGCAGCGCGGCGCCGCCUCGAAUGGUGGGCGCGCACGCCGCGAUAAGAAGACGAAAGGCAAGGCCCACGACGCAAAGGACCCGGCACACCAGGGGCGCCCCGACGCCGACACGGAGCAGCGCGGUUGUGCGGACCCGGGGUCAAAACACGUCUUCUUUGAGGGAGGUGCGAGCAUGCCAGUCGGCUCCAGCGUCACGCUAGUUAUUGCCUUCACAGGCAGAAUUCAGGGGUGGGAUCAGGGAGGCAUUUACACGAACGACAACGCAGAGUCGGCGGCAGGCGCAGCUCGUGGUGUGCUCCUCACACACUUUGAGGUCGCCUUGGCACGUCUCGCCUUUCCGUGCCCCGACGACGCUCAACACUACCGCCUCAUUUGGCAACUGCAGUCGCUGCAGCUGCCCUCAAGCUACAGCUUGGUUGUGAGUAACACGGCGCGUAUGUCAGAGAAGGCCAUGGGUGGGAGGGGGACGCAGCACACCUUUUCGCCGGUGGGGCCGAUACCCGCCUACGCGUUGGCCUUCGCCGCCUUUAGUGGUUCCGUGGAAAUGGUGGAGGAGUUGCUGCGUCUGCGUGGGUCACCCACGACCGCAGCGGCAGGUCGCAACGCCGAUGAAAAACUGGUGCCGUUGCGAGUGGUGGCGGCUACCUCAAGUGGGGUGACGUCGCAUACGCUCAGGCGAAUUGCCGACAUCGUUCAGGAAGCUGUGCAACUCUUAGAGGACUACUUCGCUGCGCCGCUGCCUUUGCAGCAGAUGCCUUUCUCGCACGACUUGGAGUGGCGGGAGGAGCUACUCACGAUUGUGCUUGCCCCCACGAUGCCGUACAUCUCAGGCAUGGAACACCAUGGCUGCAUCUUUCUCAACGAGGCCAUCUACCGAUCCUCCGCCUGCGAUGGCAGCGCGAGAGGGCCAGGCAAGCACCACGACGCAGGGGCAGGCGGCACGACCGAGGCCAGCAGAGUGGAGCUCAUUGUGCACGAACUCGCACACCACUGGGUAGGAAAUACUCUCGGCAUGCCGUUUGUUCUCAAGGAGGGAGUUUGCCUUUUGCUGGAGCAAUGUUUCGGAGACGUCAUUAUGGGGAGGCCAAUGCGCAGCAUAACGCCCUCAGGUGCCAACAUCAUGUCCGCCACCGCAGUGCCCUCCCGUGCGGUGGCGCCGCCGCCGACGACGACGACGGUAACAGCAGCCGAGGCAGGCACUGCGGUGGUGGUGGUGGACACAGAGAAGGGUAAGGAGUUCACCGGGCACUCCUAUCAGAAGGCACUAAAUACACUGCGUGAUGUGGUGAGUGGCAUGGGAUUUGCCGCCUUCAAGGAGCGCAUGCAACGCAUGUACCAAACGGAGGUAACGGGAGGCAUCAAAAACGGCUGCGCAGUCGACGGAAAUCACCAUGCGGAUGCUCUCGUGCCACCGUACAUCACUGCGCCGCAAUUUUUGGCGUACAUGGAGACAUAA